AUGGCGGAGAAGGGGUCACCGUUUGUCAUGGGCUUGUUGGUGAUGGGCAACGUUGUGAUCAUGCUUGCAGGACUGGCUCUGUAUGCUGAGUCCGUCUGGGUGACGGCCGAUCCGUACAAAGUGUACCCCAUCAUGGGUGUCUCAGGCAAAGAUGACGUCUACGCAGGUGCUUGGAUCUCCAUCUUCACGGGCUUUGCCUUCUUCUGCGUCUGCGUCUUCGGUAUUAUCAGCCUGGUGCAAGGCAACCGUCUUAUGGUGUUACUGUAUCUGGUCCUCAUCUUGGUUGUCUAUAUGUUUGAGUGUGCAUCUUGCAUCACAUCCUACACCCACCGUGACUUCGUGGUUUCAAAUUCCAAUUUGGUAAAAAAACAGAUGUUGACCUUCUAUUCCGCUGACACAUACCAAGGCCGGGAACUCACCCGGAUGUGGGACCGUUUCAUGAUGGAGCAACAAUGCUGCGGUACCACUCACCCCCUGGACUGGGUGAACUUUACCUCGGUCUUUCGCAGCAGGUACCCUGAGGUGGUGGCCCCCUGGCCGUUCUACUGUUGCAAGCGAGACCCCAACUUCAUCAUCAUCAACGAAGAAGGCUGCAGACUGGGGCAUGUUGACUACAUCAAUACCAAGGGCUGCUUUGAGCACAUCAAACAUGCAGUAGACAGCUACGCUUGGGGCGUUUCCUGGUUCGGCUUUGCUAUCCUGAUGCUCACGUGCCCUGUGGUCCUCCUGGCCAUAUACCAUUACACCACAAUGUGA